UAAAUGUCAUCGGGUAGACUCCAUAAAUUUCGUACCUAAACACGAAAUAACACUCGGUUGAAAAAUAGCAAUUAUAAUUGGAAAAUUACCCCAAUCAAAACAGCUUAAUUACGACUGGUCAGUAGUUUUAUAAUCAAUAAUUAAACCAAUAUUAAUCAGCUACCAAGUCACGUAUAAAAGCCACGACUAGAUGCGAAAAUCUCUAUUGGUUACUACUAAUCCAUAUCUACGCAUCUAAUUUUUGCCGUUUAAAAAUGGCCGAGUGUGAAAAUUUGAGUGACUUAAGUGAUAUUCAAAAAUGGUACGCCGGACGAAGUGUUUUUAUUACUGGUGGUACAGGUUUCAUGGGCAAAGUGCUUGUUGAAAAACUUCUUCGUUCUUGCAAACUCAUCAAUAAGAUAUAUUUGCUUGUUCGUGCAAAAAAUGGAUGUACUCAUGAUGAGCGCCAUGAAACUAUGAUUAAACUUCCUUUAUUUGAUAGAAUUAAAGACGAAUGUCCUAAAGUCUUGGGAAAAUUGGUAUUCAUAGAAGGGAAUUUACUCGAUAAAAAUUUAGGAUUAAGUGAUCAUGAUUGCGAUGAUUUAAUUGAAAACGUAUCAGUGGUUUUCCAUUUGGGUGCGUCUUUGAAACUACAAGCAGGAUUAAGUGAUGCUGUUUUAACAAACACGCUAGGAACCAAAAUGGUAUUGGAUUUAUGCUGUAAAAUGAAAAACAUUGUUAGUGUUAAUCACUUAUCUACUGCAUUCUGUCAUUGCAACAUCAAAGAACUAAAAGAACAAGUGUAUAAACCAAAUAAAAACCCGUACGAAAUGAUACACUUAGUGCAAAACGUGUCUGAUGAUGUUUUAAAUGAAAAGAAAGAGGAAAUUUUGGAACAUCAUCCAAACUCUUAUACAUUUUCAAAAUGUCUUGCUGAAUGGAUAGUAAAAGAUUACGAACGUUAUAUUCCCGUAAGUAUCACUCGUCCCUCAGUGGUCAUUCCAGCUCUCCGUGAGCCUAUCCCCGGAUGGGUCGAUUCACUAAACGGACCCACUGGUAUCAUGGUCGCUGCAGCUAAAGGUGUUCUCCGUUCAUUAAUCUGCAGAGAAGAUUAUCACGCAGAGGUGAUCCCAGUUGAUCUAGCUAUCAAUGCAUUUAUUAUUAUAUCUUACGAGCGUGGAAACAAUAGUGAAUCAAAUUUAUUCACAACAAGUGUUUACAACUUGUCAUGCCCACGUGAUGUAGUCACAAUCACAUGGGGAGAUGUUCUCAACAGAGCAAAGAAUCUUAUUCCAGCCUAUCCGUAUGAAUGGAUGUUGUGGUAUCCAGAUGGCGCUCUACGUACAAAUAAAUGGGUGCAUUGGCUUGUUGUAAUAUUGUUUCAGUGGUUGCCUGCAUUGUUAGUUGAUGGUUUGUUGAUGCUUAUACGUGUUCCUACUUUCAUGGUACGAUUACAACGUAAACUAGUCGCAGCCUCAACUGUUUUCGAGUAUUUCACAACAAAAGUAUGGAACUUUAAAGUGGAACGCGUUAUAGAAAUGACGCAGCUAUUAUGUCCGCAAGACCAGAAGACUUUUUACGUUCUUCAUAUAGAUUACGAUAUUGAUGAGUAUAUGACGCACUGUAUUCUUGGCUCACGCAAGUUUUGUAUGAAGGAAGAUGAUGGCAGUCUUUGGUUUACUCGUAUCCACUUCAGAAUAUUGCAAGUGCUGCACUACGCUACGUUGUGCUACGUUUGGUAUUGCUUCGUUUGGUACACGUUGCGGAUUCGUCACGUUGAGCACUUUCUCGAUGCGGUCCAAAACCGAAUCUUUUAAAUUUUAAGCCACACCGCACAGCCGCCAUGACACUUUUUAUGUUGUUACAUUUUUAUGGAUUGGAAUAUUUACCGCUUCACUCUUCUCCGGCGACUAGUUAAUUAUUAUUAUAUCAUUUAAGUUAUUUAUCGCCAUUUUAUUACAUAACCUAAAACAAUUGCUAUUUUUAAAUAUUUUUCUGCGUGUGUUAGGUUGCAAACAUUAAGAAUCCUAUAAAUAUUUUCUAAUUAAAUUUUUUCUCUGCACGGUUCUAUAAUUGAAUAAUUUGCUAAACGGUGAGUAAGUUAUUAAAACGAUGAUUGGGCUAUUAAGUUUACAGACAUCAACAAAGUAGUCAAUAUUUUAUGGAAUUGAAGGAGAAAAGUGAGAAAUUCAAAGUCAAACCGUAGAAAAACACAAAUUUGCCGUUUCAUUGCAUUUAUUAUUUUAUUUUAUAAUUAUAUUUAUCGUAUUAUUUUAAUGAAUUCAAUAAUGUAUGUACAUUUCUCUUAUUACCUUCAUAAAACCUUUUUAAAA